AGGACUGGAGUGAAGGGUCACUGAGCUCAGACACGCUCCUUUCACAGACUGACAGUAGCACACACAAGGGAAGACACUUAGACACAUCCCUCCAGCGCUGCACAAAAGAUCAGCAUUCCUCACAGUGUUGUGGACACACAUCAAGCCCCAACUCUGCAGAAAUCAACAUAGGCCCUUCAAGCAGGAUGAGGGGACCUCUGAGGUGCCUGCUAGGGCUGUUCCUCCUCCUAAGUUCAGCCUCCACCCACAGUGCCACAAAUCCAUUCGCAGGGCAGCAGAGCUCUUUGGACCCUUGCUAUGACGAGACAGGAGCUGCCCGACGCUGUAUCCCUGAAUUCAUAAACGCUGCCUUUGGCAAAGAGGUGACUGUGUCCAGUGUCUGUGGCCGGCCUCCGUCCCGCUCCUGCAGCGUUGUGGAGCGCAGCGACGAGCGGCCCUCUGUACGAGCGUGCCAGAUUUGCGACGCGUCAGAGCCCCGGCGUGCCCACCCUGCCUCCUACCUUACCGACCUCAACUCGGCCCACAACCUCACCUGCUGGCAGUCCGAGAAUCUCAACAAAUCUCCACACAACGUGACCCUUACCCUCUCUUUGGGCAAAAAGUUUGAGAUCACUUAUGUCAGUCUGCAGUUCUGCUCUCCACGACCCGAGUCCCUGGUCAUAUACAAGAGCAUGGACUAUGGCAAGACCUGGAUGCCCUAUCAGUUUUACUCCUCGCAGUGCAGACGUAUGUACAACAGGCCCAACAAAGCAACUAUUACCAAACAGAACGAGCAGGAGGCCCUAUGCACAGAUGGCCACACUGAGAUGUACCCCCUUUCUGGAGGACUUAUUGCGUUCAGCACUCUGGAUGGACGACCCUCUGGAAAAGACUUUGACAACAGCCCUGUCCUUCAGGACUGGGUCACCGUCACUGAUAUUCGUGUGGUGUUCAGCCGGCCACAGCUUCCCAGGGAGCUUGCACUGGGCUCUGGAAGCAACGUUGGAGUACGGGACGAUGACCCAAUGGCAGUAGCUGCAAUUUUACCCACAUAUUUCUAUGCAGUGGGGGACUUCCAGGUGGGAGGAAGAUGUAAAUGCAAUGGCCAUGCCUCGCGAUGUCUAAAAGACAAGGAAGGGAAGCUGGUGUGUGACUGCAAACACAACACAGAAGGGCCUGAAUGUGACCGAUGCAAGCCCUUUCACUACGACCGGCCGUGGCAGAGGGCCAACGCUCGAGAGGCCAAUGAGUGUCUGCCGUGCAACUGCAACCUCCAUGCCCGCCGCUGCCGAUUCAACAUGGAGCUGUACAAGCUGUCGGGCAGGAAGAGCGGCGGUGUCUGCAUGAACUGCCGUCACAACACAGCUGGACGCCACUGCCACUACUGCAAGGAGGGGUUUUACCGAGACAUGGCUCGACCAAUCACUCACAGACGAGCCUGCAAAGCCUGUGACUGCCAUCCUGUGGGCGCCGCAGGCAAGACGUGCAACCAAACCACCGGCCAGUGUCCCUGCAAGGACGGCGUCACCGGCAUCACCUGCAACCGCUGCGCCAAGGGCUACCAGCAGAGCCGCUCGCCCGUGGCCCCCUGCAUCAAAAUCCCUGUGGUCAACCCCACAGCUGCGGUGAGCAGCACGGAGGAGCCAGCAGAUUGUGAGUCUUACUGUAAACCAGUGAAGGGCAACCUUAAGAUCAACAUGAAGAAGUAUUGCAAAAAGGACUACGCGGUCCAAGUCAACGUGCUGGACAUGGAGACGGUUGGGGACUGGGCCAAGUUCUCGGUCAGCGUCGUGUCCGUGUACAAAAGCCGCGGCGAGCCCUUGAAGCGAGGAGACAACAUCCUGUGGGUGCACAUGAAGGACCUGGCCUGCAAAUGUCCCAAGAUCCAGAUGAGCAAAAGAUUCCUGGUGAUGGGCGGCACCGAGGGAGCGACGGGCCCCGUGGCCGGUGCAGGCGUCGGGCCCGGAGGCGGGGUCUCCAGUCCAGGGACAGAGCGAGUGGGCUUGGUGGCUGAUAAGAACAGCCUGGUGAUCCAGUGGAGGGACGUUUGGACGAGACGUCUGAGGAAGUUUCAGCGCAAAGAGAAGAAGGGAAAAUGCAGCAAAGCGUGAUCUAAAGGCGCUGCUCUACCUCUCUGUCCAACACAAACCUUCACCAACUCUGACCGUGUCUCUGUCCCUGAGUCUGUCCUCCUCCUUUAUCGCGGGGACCCUGCGCAUACAGAAACAACGGCGUGUGCAGACCCCCCCGUCUGGAGGACCACAUUUUGUGUACAUUGUAAAAUUAUUUUACCUUUCUUUUAAAGACUGUCUCUGCAAAUGCCACUUGUCUUGUUGUCCGGUUGGUUUGCCUUAAAAAGGGACCAAUAAAAAGGGUUUGAGUUUUAGACAAAAGCAGGCACCAUUCACUAAUAAACAGCAUAAAUGUCCAACAGUCAAAGUCGUCUGAACUCUGACCUCACUCUGGUACAAGUGACUGUCUCCUGUCUCUUUGCUUUAGUGCUUUAUGGGAUGGACUGAUUUCAGCUACAGUGGACCCUCCUAUUAACUCUCAGCACAGAAAAUGGGCCUACUUGCUCCGAGUCUUUUCGUUUCACGUUGUUGGACCGCAACUGAGAAACUUUUUGUCCCACGAGGAACCAAGGGCUCCCUCACCAGCAAACCUCAGUCACACCAUCACUGCUGCUGCUGAAACUGUCCUCACGGAAGAAACCGCCCGUACGGGAUCUUUUUAUCUACGAUUAUGUGACGCUGUUUGCUCCUGACAGUUUUAAUUUCUCACUCGGCUUCCCGGCCCCUGACUUGUGGUUCCUCUGUUUGGGUCGUUCUAGGCAGAAUAGACGCUGUUUGUGCAUGUGAGUCAGAUUCUGCUCUGAGGCUGUGCCUCCUCGCCACUAGUCCCGUGUCACUUCUUUGUGUGUGUUUUAUUUUUUGUUGUGUGUUUUUUUUUUUUUUUUUUUUGGACAAAAGAUGAAGUAACAUGGACAAAUGGUUGGAGUUUCAAAACAAUGCAACAUUUGCAGGGAUGUUUUGCUCCGUGGAUAAUGUCUUCCGCUGGUUGCCGUCUUCCAGAUGUUGCUGUUGACCAACAUCAUUUUCAUACCCUUUCAACGUCUUAAUGUGUCUGAAGACUGGCAGGCUCCGCUUGCCAAAGUAAGAGACUGAAACGAGAGUUUCUUUUCAUGCAGUAAAAAAAAAAAAAAAAAAAAAAGAGAGGCAGAUAAACAUCGCAGCCAUGUUUUUCUCCGUAGUGUACGUUGUCAACAUGAAUGAGGCUGGAAACUUUUUGGCUCUCACUGAUUGUAUUAUGACAUGAGAGGAUCAUGUUCCAUCUUUUUGUGCUUUUUUAUAUAUAUUUGCAUGCUUGUGGCAUCUUGCUAACGGUUAGCAGAGCAGGAGCUGAACCAAUAUGAGUAUGAAGAUCCAAAGGAAAACUUCCCAAGUCGGCCUCCACCACUAGCUCACCCCGAGGCAUAACGUUGUCAUUUCUCUGCCAAAUAAUUAGAUUCAGUUUUUAUAUUCAAUUAGGAGACCAAGAAAUGUACGGCUGCUCGCAAGAUGUUCGCUAUUCCACUUCCUGAAGGAGAUUGCUUUGUGUCUAAAUUGAGCUUAAGAUACAGAAGGCAUGGGAGGUGCAUGUUAAAGGUACAGUUCAUGAUUUUAGUGGUUAAAAGUGGAGGGGCAGUUUGUCUUACCCAUCUCUUGGCAUCUUCGUUUAAAUCCAGAUUGGUUGGCUCUCUACCCUCCGUAUCGCCAACACAUCCCCGCGCUUUAUGACCUUUGACGUGUUUCCAUUGCGCAAUUAUUUAGAAAGAAAGUUAGGAUUAUUUACACUGAAAAAUAAGGUAGGAGGCGGUGUGAGACAUACUGAAAAUAGAUUUCCUGUCAGAAUAUGUAUGGUAAAUGGUAAAUGGCUUGUGCUUGUAUAGUGCUUUAAUUAGUCUUGACGACCUCCAAAGGUGUGAGCACUGCUUCACGCUACAGUUUUAGUCAUUCACACACACGCUUUGAUAUCUGUCUGAUAUCAAAGUGAAGCUUUCUAUAAAACAAAUGACUAAUUCCUGAUUGAAGAACUAAUUAAUAUCACCAAUUACCAAGCCGGGUUUGUGGUUUUUGUCACUGUAACAGUAAAUUGAUAUAAACUGAGCUUCUUCUGA